AUGGCUAACUCUUCCAAAGAAGAGGUAACAUCUCACCAACACGCUGAAAUCCCAUCAUCCCAUUCCGUUUCUAUACAGGAACAUGAAACUCUAGGAUGCGAAACUGAUUUUCAACACCUUCCAAAAGGCUACUACUACAGCCGGUUCUUCCUUGGAUCGCUUCUGGCAACAGGUCUAGGACUUUGGGCAGCGGUGGCAUCUUUUGGAUAUGCUGCGCCCAUUCUCACCCAAAUCAACGCUGAUCUUGGUCCGGAUGCGAGAUAUACAUGGAUUUCUCUUGUCUACAAUGCGGCUCUGGCCAUUUUCCUUGCUCCCCUCGGGCGUUUAACGGAUAUUUUUGGUCGUCGGUACUUCUUCAUUGGAGGAGGCUUGAUCGGAGUUGCUGGGAGUAUUGUGUGCGCGACCUCAACAUCCAUUCCAAUGUUGAUUGGUGGUAACGUGUUAUUGGGAAUCUGCUCCGCUACCCAGAUGGGGUUCCAUUUCGUGCUUGGCGAACUUAUUCCCCUCAAGUGGCGAUAUGUCGGCAACGCAUUCCUAUAUCUUUUCACUAUCCCAUCUGGCCUCGCCCCGUCGAUCGACUACGGAUUCAUGCAGUCUUACCCAAAUGUCGGAUGGCGAGGUCUAUAUUGGCAGAUCUUGGCGUUGAACGGCGCAGCACUCAUCUGCUGGGUCCUGUUCUACUUCCCUCCCUCCUUUGAGAAGAAGCACCGCAACGAAGAGAACUCAUCGGUCCUAUACUGGCUCAAAAACUUCGACUGGGUUGGAUUCUUCUUGCUCGCCAGCGGCUUUUGUGUCUUUCUUCUCGGUCUCAGCUGGGGAGGUGCCGUCUACCCAUGGAAGUCAGCCGCUACGAUCUCAUCGAUUGUCAUUGGUUUCGUUGUCUUGGUAGCUUUUGUCCUGUGGGAGAUUUAUGCACCACUCAAGGAACCCCUAAUCCCCAUGCAUUUGUUCAAGAACACACAAUGGGUGGUCUCGUGUGUGCUGCUGGGGCUGGGUGCUGGUGUGUACUAUGCCUUUGCAAUCAUCUGGCCCAUGCAAUGCGCAACCCUUUACAAUGACCGGGAUUUGACUUAUUUGGGAGGCAUAUCGUCGCUUGUGGGCGUCGGCAUCAUUUCUGGACAGAUUGUCGGCGGAGUUCUCACAGCAAAGAUUGGCAAGGCAAAGUAUCAAUGCAUGACUGUGUUCACGAUUGGCGGCAUCUUUCUUGCCGCCGUUACCGUAAGUAAUCCUGAUAAUAAAUCGACCGCUAUUGCCCUGAUGUUUCUCGGGUGUUUCUUCAUCGGCUGGAACGAGACAAUUACUCUGGCCAACACGACGAUCUGCGUUGAGGAUCAGAGAGAGAUUGGAAUUGCUGGCGGGUUAGGAGCAUCAAUCCGAGCUGCCAUCUGUGCCGUCCUCGUCGCUAUCUACACAACCAUCCUCAGCAACCGGUUGACCCAAACAACCUCGAGCCUGGUUCCACCUGCUCUCAUAGAUGCAGGGUUACCAGCAGGCUCUGUGUCUGACUUCUUGACCAUCAUCUCCACCUCUGGUACAAGUGCACCAAGCAGUGUCUAUGCCUCUGUCAGCGGCAUCACAGACAACAUUGUAGCUGCUGGCGUGAGGGCCUACAAGGUGGCCAACUCUGAUGCAUACCGGACGGUAUAUCUCAGCACGAUCGCGUUUUCAGGUCUGGCUAUUAUUUUGACAUUCUUCGCGCCGAACACGGAGAAGUAUAUGACGGAUCAUGUGGCUGCGACUCUUAACCAGGAGGGUACAACGACCGAUGAGGAAAAGGGUGGCUCACGUUGA